AUGAGUCGAGUAUCGUCUCAGCGGAGACGAAGCUCACGACAUGCUCAUAAAGGGAAGAAGUACAGUUCAUUGGAUAGUAAGAACUAUCGCAACGCACCACCGUCUCUACUGGAUGAGCAGAUGGAGGGGACGCACAAUGACUGGGAUGACGGCGAGUCAGAGUCUCGGGCGCUUCGGGCAGGCAGCGAGAUGAAUGAGCCGAAUGAGUUUGAAGAUGCGUACGAAGAUACAGCAACUGGCUCUUUGGCAUUGGAUGAUCCGUACUAUUAUGACCCAUACAACGAAGAUGAGACGUUUGGCGAGUCGGACACAUACCGCAGCACUGAUCCAUACCCCGACCGAGAUGCACAUGAUAACCUUUAUGAUGCGCCAUCGACAUACUUAGAAUCUAGUCGCACGGGAGUCGAUGAUGAUGAUUACGAGACACGGGAUCACGAUGACGAUCCAGAACUGCUCUCGGGUGACGAAGACCACGAGUGGUCGACUCCUGGAGGACGAAGCGCUGGAGGAUUCGGUGCUCUGCAUAGUCCCCCCACCCAUCCCGCACACGCAUACAAAGGCAAAAUGGGAGAGUAUUACCCGGUAGAAUCCGACCAUGCACAGUCUCGAGGUCAUGGUGUGUAUGUGGAAAAACCGCACACGGCAUUUGAAGAUGUGGCAGAAGAUGAGCUGCCUGAAGACAAGGGUGUACCGUUCCACUCCCAGGAACCCAGCCCGGCAGAAGCCGAUCCGGAGCAAUUCCCUACAUUCUUUCAUCACGAGAUCGGACAAUAUGGAGAGUUUAAUCUUGUAUCUCGUCUCAUGCUCGAGCUUCAGCAACUCAACAUGUUUCUUAUAACAUCGCUUGGCAUGACAUUUGUCGUAAUAUUGGCAUUCGCGCGGUAUUUCAAUCCGUUCCGAAAGCUAUAUCCAAAAGCACGCGUGGAUUUCGAGUAUGAGCGGCGCAUUACCGGUGAGAGAUACAGUGAGCGGGUUCAGUACUAUGCAGACUUCUGGGGCUACCAGUGCGAGGAAUACGAGAUUGUAACGCAAGGAGGAUGGAUCCUUAAGGCGCAUCGAAUUUCCGAUCCACGGCGCCCUGGCGGGCGGGGCUAUCCGGUGGUGCUGCAGCAUGGGAUCUUGUGCACAUCCCUCUUUUUUUUCACGUCGGAAGAGCGCUCACUCGGCUUCUGGCUGGUUGAUCAAGGCUAUGAUGUAUGGAGCACAAACAUUCGUUCCAACUUCCGCUCCGGUCACACGCGGUUCAAGCGGUGGGAUCCACGGUUCUGGGCGUGGAGUCUUAUCGAACUGGGCGACGACCUAGUGGAUGUAGUGGACUUUGUCCUUCAAGAGACAGGGUACAAGCAGUUGGCCUAUGUGGGUCACUCACAAGGAACAGGAAGCAUGUUUCUCGCGCUGAACAAAUACAAGGGCUUUGGACAAAAAAUCUCCUCGUUCACAGCCUUAGGCCCCGCCGUAUACCCAGGUUCGUCGCUGGACCGCCUUCCGUUCCGAGUCAUGCGGAUGCUCCCGUCGCGCUGGACGUGGUCGAUUGUGUUUGGUGUGAGGACAUUCAUGCCGCUACUAGAGUUGGCACGAAUCAUCCUGCCAAAGUUCCUCAUGGGGCACUUGGGCUACAUUGUGUUUGGAUAUUUGUUCGAUUUCCACGACCACAAUUGGGUCGAUCGUCACAAACCAAAGAUCUUUUGUUCUACAGGUGUGUCGACGUCGAGUGAGCUAUUGUACUAUUGGAUUCACUGCUUUGUGGCUCGUGGCUGUGUGUUUGACCCACGCGUACGGAGUCCAUGGUUUUCUGCCGAGUUCCCGCCGCUGACAGUGGCGUACGGCACCAUCGAUCACCUCGUGGCUGGCAAACCGCUCGUAGAUCGCUUGCUUCAAUACGAGAGCAAUGUCCAAAUCGUUCACAUCCUGGAACUCCAAGGCUAUGAGCAUAUGGACAUGGUUUUGGGCUGCGACGCGUACAAAGUGGUGUUCCCCAAGAUCAAAGAUACCAUCGUUCGAACCAUUGACCCUGAAGACGUACCUAUGCUUGGCCAUUGA